AUGACAGACUGUAAAAUUCAUGGAAAGAGAAACUAACAGAAAGAGCAAAGUCUUCAGCAAGUUGCUGUGGAGGUGGAGGCUCUUAAAAUGAUUAUGACAGUUUCAGCUAAAUAUUUACAUUCCUGA